AUGAACAAAUUUUGGAAUACUAAAAGGUUUUUGCCGGCCAAUGCAGAUGGUUUGAGCGGUAUCUUGAAUGAAAUAUCUCAAAAUGAUCAAAUACUUGUGGUUCAACCUAGCUUUCUGCCUAUACUCAAUAGUUUGCUUACUUUCCAAGAAUUGACUCAAUCGACGCCUGUAAAAAAGAUUGUUCUUCUCGAUGACCAACUAAGUGACGAUUCCUCUGGUGCGCUAGGCACCAUUCCACGAAUGGAUCUAAUCUUUCUUAUUGACGUCAGAACAUCUCUACAACUUCCCCCAGGAUUACUCGAUACCGCAGUAAAGCAUAACCUAUCACCAUUGCAUAUAGUAUAUUGUGAGUGGAAAACCUCUUUUCCGAAAUAUACUAAGAAUUUGGAGCAAUGGCAGAUGGACGAACGUACCUCAGAAAUUACAAAGCCACAUUUCCCUAAUGUCAUUGAAUUACAAUUGAAGGAAAUAUCGAACGAGUAUUUUCUUUAUCCUUGGGAACUUUUGCCGUUUCCACAGAUCGAUGACAAUGUUUUAUUGAGUCAUUCUCUUUAUAACAUGGAAAAUGUAAAUAUGUAUACUCCCAAGUUACGUUCUUUGCAAAACGCCACAGAGUCGAUAUUAGUUGAUAAUAUGGUGAAUUGCUUGCGAAGUUUGGUCUUUGAAACCGAUAGUAUCAUAACCAAUGUGGUGUCUAUAGGUAAUCUGUCAAAGAAAUUUAGUCACCUUCUGAAGAAACGAAUUGACAAACAACAAACUGAAAAUGACUUGUUCAUAAAAGGUACACUUUAUGGUGAACGAACUAAUUGCGGAUUAGAGAUGGACAUGAUUGUCCUGGAAAGAAAUAUUGAUCCUAUAACCCCAUUGCUGACCCAACUUACGUAUGCAGGAUUAUUAGAUGAUCUAUAUGAGUUCAAUUCGGGAUUGAAGGUUAAAGAAAAGGACAUAAAUUUAAGUUAUAAAGAAGACGCAAUAUGGAAUGAUCUGAAGUUUUUGAAUUUUGGAUCCGUUGGGCCCCAGCUAAACAGACUAGCAAAGGAAUUGCAAACCCAAUACGAUACAAGGCACAAGGCCGAGAGUGUACAUGAAAUUAAGGAGUUUGUUGAUUCUUUAGGUUCAUUGCAACAAAGGCAAACAUUUUUGAAAAAUCAUACGACCUUAUCAUCUGACGUUUUGAAAGUAGUGGAGACUGAGGAAUAUGGUUCCUUCAAUAAGAUCUUGGAGUUAGAAUUAGAAAUUCUGAUGGGAAACACGCUCAAUAAAGAUAUUGAAGACAUUGUAAUGGAAUUACAGUACGAGUAUGAAGUCGAUCAAAAGAAGAUUCUGAGAUUAAUUUGUUUAUUAUCUCUUUGUAAGAAUUCACUUCGAGAAAAGGAUUAUGAAGAUUUGAAGACCUCUAUGAUUGACUCUUGGGGGAUUGAAAAAUGUUUUCAGCUGGAAUCCUUGGCUGAGUUAGGAUUCUUCACCAGCAAAACUGGAAAAGCAGAUUUGCAUACCGCUCCAAGCAAACUUACAAGGUUACAAAAAGAAUACCGGUAUAUUUCACAAUGGCUCAAUACGGUGCCUUUGGAAGACGAACAUGCUACAGGUAAAACUACCACUGAAAAAGAAGAGUUUAUAGAAGCUACCUUUGCUUAUAGUGGUGUAAUACCAUUAACCAUGAGGCUGGUUCAAAUGUUAUAUGAUAGAUCCGUAUUAUUCCAUAACUAUUCUUCUCAACAACCUUUCAUUCUAUCAAGAGAGCCCAAAAUUUCUCAGACGGAAGAUCUGAUUGAACAACUAUAUGGAGAUUCACAAACAAUUGAAGAGAGUAAGUGGAUCCCUGAAACCGUUUCUAAAAAGAUCAAUGCAAGCAUCAAGAAUAACAAGAGACAGUAUUCAAUAGACAGCUUUAAGGGAACCUCUCGUGCCGCUGAAGAUAUUGCGCUUGUAGUGUUCCUAGGUGGUGUAACAAUGGGUGAAAUAGCCACACUAAAACAUCUGCAAAAACGGCUAGGUAAAAAAGGCAUUAACAAGAGGUUUAUCAUCAUUGCUGAUGGCCUGACCAACGGCGAUAGAAUCAUGAACUCCAUAUCUUAA